CGUUUUUUUAACUUUGUACCUGCAAAUAAGUGACAAAAAUCUCUCGUAUUAAUACACAUUCCAUUCUGUUUUCUUCAUCAAAUCAUUUCCAUAGUAUGACUCCCCGUAUUCUCUAAUCUAAAUCUUAUAAAUUCUCUGAGAUAUUUUAUUCAUCAUCACUUAAUUUCUUGAAAGAAGAGAAGAAAAAGAAGCAUGGCUGCAGUUACAAAUUCUGUCCCUUUCUUUUCCACGUUAUGUUUGAUUUCCAUCUCCAUUCAUCAUCUUUUUGUGAUCCCUUUCUUGGUGGAAGGUUUUUCUGUUGAAUUGGUUCAUCGUGACCAUGGUAAAUCAACGGGUGAGGAUUCCUCGCAAUCUCAUUACCAAAUGUUACACGAUGCGUUUCUACGUUCAUUCGCUAGGAAAGAUUUCUUCAAGCAACAAAUUAAGGGUUCGAAGCAACAAACCUUUUCAAGCAUGGAUGCGGACGGAUCGCAAGCACAAAUCAAGUCGUUCAUAACCAACGCGGCCGGAGAAUACCUAAUGCAAGUCUCCAUCGGGACUCCUCCGCUCACCAUCAUGGCGAUCGCGGACACCGGCUCCGAUCUGACCUGGACUCAGUGCGAGCCUUGUGUCCAAUGUUACAAGCAAGAGACUCCCCUUUUUAAUCCCGCGAAAAGUUACUCUUACAAAAAGUUACCUUGCAACUCACCCCUAUGUAAAGAAACGGGUCAGCCGGGUUGCGACUCGUCAAACUCUUGCACGUAUCAAUAUUCCUACGGAGACGGUUCCUCCACCGCCGGCGAUGUUUCCACCGAAACAUUCACUUUUGGCUCGAAUUCCGGCAAGAACGUUUCCAUUCCGAACAUUGCCUUCGGUUGCGGGCAUCAGAAUGGAGGAACAUUCAACAGAAGCGGGUCGGGAAUCGUCGGGCUCGGAGGCGGAAAACUCUCUGUGGUCAACCAAUUUGGGAACGUGGUCAACGGAAAGUUUUCUUAUUGCUUAGUUCCGUUUGGACGAUCCAACAACGUGACAAGUAGAAUCAGUUUCGGAACAUCCGCAAUUGUUUCGGGCAAGGAUACAAAGUCAACCCCGUUGUAUAAGGGCAACCCGGACACUUUUUAUUUCCUAAAUCUUGAAGGAGUUAGUGUUAUUCAAGGAGGAAGAGCAAGUGGCGUUGGUUCUGGAAAUAAUGGUAGUAUAAAUGCCAAGAGAAUCAGCGUGAAUAAACUCAGUUCUACUGGUGUUUCUACUGAUUCUGUUGGUGUUGGUCCCGGAAAACCCGGUAACAUUGUUAUCGAUUCCGGUACGACGCUGACUUUUCUUCCUCGUCAGCUGGCUACUGAUCUGGAGGCGACUUUGCGUGAAUCUAUUUCCGGCACGGCCGUGCGGGACUCACAGGGGCUUUUCAACCUAUGUUAUAAGACGGGGCAAGGCAUUAGGUUCCCGGAUAUCGUUGCACACUUUACCGGCGCCGAUAUCCUCUUGCCUACGUUCAACACGUUCUUGCAAAUAAGUGAUGACUUAAUUUGCUUGACAUUGCUUGGUAAUGACGAUCUUCCAAUAUUCGGGAACUUGUCACAGGGAGAUUACCACAUUGGAUAUGAUCUAGUGAAUGGCACGGUUUCUUUCCAGCAAACCGAUUGUUCUAAAGCAGUCUGAUCGAUCCAUCUCUACAGAUAUGAUUAGUUUUGUUUCAGAUGCAAUUCCGCUACUCCAUCAUAUUCAUGUUAGUUUCUUGUUUUUUCAAAACUUCUAGUAUCAAUUAGUGGGUUAGAAAACUUGAAAAAAGCAAGUUUUUUUUUUUUAAUGAGAAAGAUGUGG